AUGGCUAGGACCGCAAUGCUCCGACCGCUCCUGCGCGCCUCUUUCCAACCCGCCGUCUCUCCGCGCCCUGCAGCCGCCUUCUUCCAGCGUCGCGCAAUGAGCUCCUCGUUCACGCUGACCAACUACCUGGUCACCCCAGCCGAGCUCAACGACGCGCUCCAGAAGAACAUUGACUCGCGUCUGUCGACCGCCCCGCGCGUCGUCCCUCUGUGCGGCACCUGGUUCCUGCCCAACGAUCCCGAGAAGCGCACCGGAUGGCAGACUUUCAAAGCCUGCCGCAUCCCCAAAGCUCGCUUCUUCGACCUAGAUGCCGUCAAGGACCAGGAUAGCCCCUACCCGCACAUGCUGCCCAGCAACGAGGAUUUUGCAAAGGCCAUGGGUGAGCUGGGCAUCCACAAAGACGAUACCGUAGUCGUGUACGACAGCAAGGAGCAGGGCAUAUUCAGCGCUCCCCGCGUAGCCUGGACUCUGAAGGCAUUCGGUCACCAGAACGUCCAUGUGCUGAACAAUUUCAAGCUGUGGGUCGACGAGGGCUACCCCACUGAAUGGGGCACGCCCGCCCAGCUGGAGCCUGUCAACUAUCCGGUACCUGAGCUCGACCGCUCCAAAGUCGUCGACUUCGAGCAGGUCAAAGAAAUUGCGAAGAAGCAGGGCGAGUCGGGCAAGGCAGAUAUUCAAAUCCUCGAUGCUAGGAGCAAGGGUCGCUGGGAGGGCAAGGACCCGGAACCCAGGCCGGGUCUCUCAUCCGGGCAUAUCCCUUCUUCCAUAUCCGUUCCUGUGCCUGAGCUGCUUGAUCCAAAGACCAAGACUUACCUUCCUGCCGCUGAGCUAAAGAAAGUCCUCGAAGCCAAGGGCAUUGACCCCUCCAAGCCCGUUAUCAGCAGUUGCGGCACUGGCGUUACCGCUGCUGUUAUUGACGCCGCACUGGCGGAGGCCGGCUUCUCGGAGACGAGUCGGCAGGUGUACGAUGGUAGCUGGACAGAAUGGGCUCAGAGGGUCAAGCCUGACGAGGGAUUGAUUGUUAAGGUCUGA